GAGGUGAGAGAGGAGAGAAGGGAGAAGCGGGUACGUGUACCUGAGGUGGUUGUGUUUGUCCGUAAAAAGAAAGCACCGUCACAUAAUGUCGCCCAAAAGUGGAGCUCGAAUUAGCGCCCUGAAAGAAUCUCAUGUUUAAUACGUACGUUUGUGUUGAUAGCGGUUUUUGAUCCCGGAGGUAACGUGUUAUUGUUGUACUAGGUCGCGGAAGAUUAGGAAUUUGUUUUGUCAGCAGUUAAGACGCGAUUUAUAUAAACACCAUACAGGGGCGUAUCAAGGAACGGAUUUAAAAUUUUUAUUGCGGUUUUGAAGUAAUUUGUGGACAUUUUAUUAUUGAUUUAAAGGGUAGUAGUUGAGCGCUACGGUAGAAAUAAAUAUUUCAAAGAGGCGAUCAGAAUUGCUGGUAACUUUCAAACAAUUUGGCGCAAAUUAUUGUUGUUUAUUUGAAAAUACAGGUGGAUAGGAAGGUAAGUCCCUUGUUUUAUGGAACUACGUUCAGGAUUCAAGAAAACCACGAGGAAAAUACCUAAGAAAAUGGAAGCGAAAAACCAAGAGAGCCAAAACGUAGUGGAGGCGCAACCAUUCUCACCGGAGAGCCAAGAUCUUUUCGGAAGCUACGAGAUGCCACAACCCAGCCAUGGAGGGGGUGAAACCAGCCACCAGGAAGUACAACCAGGUGCAGCACCAGGUGAAUUAAACCGAAGCCUGGGAGAACCCAUAACAACUAUGCAACCUCAAACCACCAGCGGACCUGGAGAAAUACUACGAUUAACUAAUAUGAUAGAGAUGAUUAUCCAACAGUUAGGAGAAGGACAACGAAAAAUGGGUGAAGGGCAACAGAAAAUGGAAAUGAAAGUGGAUGCAGUACAACAACAAAUAGGAGAAGGACAACACAGAAUGGAAGCGAUACGGCAGGAACUAAGGUCUACACAAGCUCAAUGGGAGAAAAAAAUUCAAACCGACUACAACCAGCUCAGAGAAGAAACCCAGGUGGGAAUCAAAGAAAAUAAAUUGGAGAUUCAAGCGACGAGAGCUGAAAUGGAAUACAGCCAGAAGAAAGCCUAUGAGAAGUGGGAUGAGAAGCUGGAAAUGCACACGACUAGAACAACAAGCAAGUUUGAAGAACAAGAGGAAAUAAUUCAAGACAUUCAGGCCAAACAUGGGAAUUUCAAGGAGCGAGUCAAGGAUGCAAUUGUGGAAAUUGAAGGAAGUAUGAAGAAAAACGAAGAGCGAAUUGACCAUCAGGAUGAAGAAAUAGGAAUCAUCAAGGCGAAUUUAGAAGCUCGACCAGCCAAGGAAACCAAUUCCCAUCCAGCAAUUAUUUACAAGGCGGAUCAUUUACUUCACCAGAAGCCUAAGAAAUUUGACGGCAACAUUUGGACUAUCCAUCCAGUCAGCUUUUUGGAAGGACUGGAAAAUUAUUUAAGACAUUUCGAUAAAAAAGAUGAAACCAAGUUAUCAUAUGCCAAGGAAAUGGUGGAAGGGAAUGCCAAAGCAUGGGCUGAUUUGAAUCGUAACAACUGGAAGACUUGGGAGGAAUUUAAGGACGCUUUUAUCAAGAACUACUGGUCUGAAGAGGUACAAGGCAAAAUACGACUUCAAAUAGCUACACCCAGACUAUAUCAAGCGAAAUUUGGAAAGUACACCGACCAUGUUUGGUUUUGGGUAAAUAAGACCAACCACCUGCAACCUCCAAUGAGAGAAUCCCAGCUUGUCGACGCUUUAUCCCGACAUUUUCCAAGAGAGGUGGAGCACAUCCUCAUAGGAUCAGCAGUGAACACCGUCAAACAACUUAUCAACACUCUUGAACGAAUCCAAACCUCAAAUCAAGAAACCAGGCCAAGAUAUAAUGGACCAAAUAGAAGUCAAGAGAACACCAGAGAGGAGCCAGAGAGGCAAGAGCAGAGAAGACAAGUAAACUACAUACGAGGUGGAUACAACAACUUCCAACAAUUACAGAAGAGGAAGGGAGGCUCCCCAGCCGGAAAACUACCAGAGCAGGGACCAGGAGCUCCACUAGUCCCUCAGACAUCACGAAGAUCUCUGGAGCAAACAAGUUUAUUAACCAGCGUUCACAAUUAUUUCCAACGAUUACGACAAAAACCUACUAACACAACAAAUGAAAAACAAAUUCAAGAUAAUAAAAUCACAUCAAUAGGAACAAUCAAACAUCAAGAAAGAAAUUAUGAAGAGGAAAAAUUAAACAACUUUAUUGAAGAUUUUAAACAAAUUCAACCAGAAGAAGAGGAUGAAGAAAAUAUUUUGAACAACAAUGAACAACAAAAUUUGAGCGACGAUGAAAAGGAAGAGGAACCGAUACUAAUGAAUCAAAUUAAAGAAAAUUAUCAAGAUGAUGAAGAUUUUUUGAGCGAUCAAGAAGAAGAAGCAGAGAUUAUUGAUGAUGGACAACCAAUUAUAAUAGGAAAGCUGGAGGGGGUGGAACAACAGUUAUUAUUGGACACCGGUAGUCAAGUCAGCGUGGUUUCCGAAGAAGUUUUUGAAUUUAUACAAAGAAAAAAUCCAAGAGUUAUCACAUUACCAGUUAGUGGAAUCACGAUUCAAGGAAUUACUGGGAAAAUAGUAAAGGUUGUCAACCAAGCCCUACUCACCUUACAGAUUCAAGACAGUACACAUGAACAGAAAUUUUUGGUUGUGAAGAAAUUAGAAACAACAGCAAUAUUAGGCACCGAUUGGAUGAGAGACAAGAAAGCCAAGAUUGAUAUGGACAGAGAUGAAGUUUAUUUUCAAGACAAUGAUGUCGAUUACUACAUUCGGUUUCAAGGAAGAAGUUUGAAAAUUAGAACAGCAAAUCUUCAAGUAAAUCAGCCUACGGGAAGUAGAGAAGAGAAUGAAGCCAUCGAAGAAUUGAUUAGUCAAUAUGAAGAUAUUUUUUCAACCAAGCCAGGAUUAGUCAAGACGAAAAAGAACCAACCAGCAAUUACCAUCGGAAAAGUGAAGAAAAAGAAAGAAGAUAAGAAAUUGAAAAAUAUACUCAAGAAUAUCAAGACUGAACAAGAUGAAGACGAGAAGUGUAGUUGGAUCAAGAAAGAAAUUGAAGAAAAGGUUUUGUAA